AUGUCAGAAAAACAAAUUCAUUAAAAACAUUAUGCUGAGCAUAAGGCUAAAUCUUAAGGAUAAAAAGCAAGAUUUUUAAAUGACAAAGAUGACCCUGCACAUCCACCUCAGAUGAGAAAUGCAUAACGGUUUUUUCGUAAACCCAAAACUACUUAAGAGUUGAUUGUGCUACCACAACCUUCAAUUUAAUAUGUUCAUCCUGUAAAUAUAUUUAUGUAUGCAUUCAUGUAGUAUGUUCCAAAGCCUACUCCAAUCCCUGAAGCCAUAAAAUAGAUAGACAAAAAGAUUAUGGCUUAUAGAAGAUUAAUGGAGAGGGAAAGAUAAGAGUAGUUGAUGAGAGAGUAGUAGGAAUAAGAAAGAUAGCUUGAAAACGAAGAUGAUUAGAAAAGAGCUAUAGAUUUCAUGACAAAUCCUCAAAUUCAAGGAGUGGAAAUUUAAGAUGAAGAGGUCCAAGAAGAGGAAAUGGAAACUAUAGUUUAAGAGCCAAAGUAAUAGGAAGUGGUUGCGAAUAGAGAUGAUAAUAAAUGUUCAUAUUCAGAGGCAGUAAAAAAGAGAGAAUAAACUUAUGAUCAUACUUUGUAAAGAAUGUAUGAAAAAAGAUAGAACCCAACUUUAUUUGCUAAAUUAAAAAAGAAGCCUCCUAUUCUGAACAUUACUGCAAGGAACAAGAUUACAAAAGGCUAUGGUAAAUUAGACCCUCAAGAGCAUUUAUUAAGAGUUUAUAACAGGGAGAACGUGCCUGUCAUGCCAGAAUUGAUCAUCCCUUCAUUCACUAUUAAAAAAGACUAAAUGGCCAAAAACAUCUUAGCUUACUUGAAAGAGUACACUCCUCUUUUUAGAGGGUAUAAAAAUUAUGAAUAUCCAAAAUGUGUUCAAAAUAUCCUUCAAGAAGAAAUAGAAGCACUUCCAAAUCAAUGA